GAAAGAAAGUGAAUGCUUAGAAAUGUCUCUAAUCUAAGAGUUCAUAAGAUACCAUUAUUCUCUUUAAUAAAUUAAUAAACUUUUGUCUUUUGCGGAGCACUAUCAGAAACAAUCUGGGACGGAAGGAUUCGAACCUCCGAGUAACGGGACCAAAACCCGCUGCCUUACCACUUGGCCACGCCCCAUUUCGUUUUAUGCGACACUAAUAAACACUAUUAUGUUUAUUUGUUAUUCGUCAAUCCCAUUUCAAUUAUAUAAAAAAUGAGGAAUAUUCUCUUGCUAGUAUUCUAGACAUGCAGAUAAUAUAGAAUCAAAAAAAUGCAUUGAUCAUUACACGGAAUUCUAUUAAGAUAUUAUAUGAAAGUCGAAUUUAUUCCACUCACAUUCGAGAGUGCGAAUACAAGGAGGUAUUUUGUGUUUGGGAAAGUACGAAGAAAAAAGAUUUUGAAUCUGCCUUCUCCUUUUUCCCUUAGAAAAAUAACUCAAUCAAAAUCCAAUUAUUUACUCUACAAGAAUGAAAUGCUUGUUAUGCCUAAUAUACUUAGUUUAACCUGUAUCUUUUUUAAUUCUGUUCUUUAUCCGACUAGUUUUUUCUUUGCCAAAUUGCCCGAAGCUUAUGCUAUUUUCAACCCCAUCGUGGAUGUUAUGCCUGUCAUACCUCUAUUCUUUUUUCUAUUAGCCUUUGUUUGGCAAGCUGCUGUAAGUUUUCGAUGAAAUGUUUAGUACUCUAUCCUAUCUACCAAAUUGAAUGGUGUUUUCAUUCCAAAAAAUGAAAAAAAAAUGGGUAAAAGGCGAGAACUUUUAUAUUUUUAUAUUAUGAACCUUCAACUCUAAAAUGCAAAUUCUUCUACAUUGAAUGGAUAGCUGCAUCAAUAAAUUUUGAUCAGCCUUUCUACCCUUCUGCACCUACGUUGAGCAGGUUUAGGUACCUACACAAUACCUAACAAUAUUUUUUAUAUUGAUAAGAGUGCUUAUUAUAAAUGAAUUCUUCCAAUUUUUUUUCAAGAAUUCAUUUUUGCAUUUUGAACUAUAAAAAUAAAAAAUAAACAAAAUUCAUCGUAGUGGAUCCAUGUGGUAAGGAAAAACUGGUAAUCUAUUCCUUAAAAAAAAAUCUUGGAGAUUAUGUAAUGCUUACUCUCAAACUUUUUGUUUAUACAGUAGUAAUAUUUUUUGUUUCCCUAUUUAUCUUUGGAUUCUUAUCUAAUGACCCAGGACGGAAUCCUGGGCGCGAGGAGUAAAAAUUCCAUUUUUUUUUUAUUUUUUCUUACAAAUUGGAUUUGGUUCGUACAUUUAUCUAUGAGCAAAUCCGGGGGUCAGAAUUCCUUCCAAUUUGAAAGUCCAAAAUGAUCCGAGGGAGCGGAAAGAGAGGGAUUCGAACCCUCGGUACAAAAAAAUUGUACAACGGAUUAGCAAUCCGCCGCUUUAGUCCACUCAGCCAUCUCUCCCUGUUCCAAAUCAAAAGGUUUACGUGAUAUGAUAGAGACAAGAAAUAAGGAUUGCAAAAACCCUUUUUUUUUCUUUCAAAAGUAUAUAAAAAUUAUAUUGCCAAUUCCAUUUUAGUUCUAUUCUUUUUUCUUAAUGUUAAUAAAAAAAAUAAGAAAAUUCUUGUUUUUUCUUUCUAAAAACCAAUAUCGGCCGAGAGACAAUCAGAUAGAUUUUCUCUUUAGCGGGCAUUUCCCUAUAAGACUUGUUAUAAUAAAACAAGCAGGUUAUAUAUAAAAAAAAGAAAAAACGCUUUUUUGUCGAUUGUCAAUUAUUUAUCAAGAAAGCAAAAAGGGUUCUUAUCAAACCCAACAUAAAAUUGGAAAGAACCAUAAAGUAAGUAGAUCUGACUCCUUGAAUAAUGCCUCUAUCCGCUAUUCUGAUAUAUAAAUUCGAUGUGGAUCAAAUUGUAUAAGCGAAUUUUUUUUUAUUUCCUUAGACUUAUACCGCGCAAGACAAGAAUUUUUUUUAUUUACGAUUUUAUAUUCUUGUUACUAGAUGUUCUAUAGGAAUAAGAAGAAAUCGCAACUCCUUUCCGCUACACAUAAAAAUAGAUUUCGAAAGUCCUUUUUUUUUUUAGAAUCCUCCUUUUCUGUUCUUCCACCCAUGAAAUAGAGAGGGAAUGAGAAUAUAGGGGUUACUUUUAUUUUCAUUUUUCCCUUAAAAGAUAGGCUUUCAAAUUUCAAAUAGGAGUCAUGGAAUAAUGCUGAAUUGAAAUGUUUAUUUCUAGAGUAUAAGAAAAACAAAUCGAAUAAAAUUCAUGGAUUUACCACGACCCCGGUUGUGCCUCCAUAGAUAAAAAUAAAAAAUUUAUAUCUUCGAGACCAUUGAAAAAGGGCAUUGAACGAGAAACAAAUCGUCCACAGAUAAUAAAACUAUCAUAUGCCUUGGAAGUGACGUGAGGUGCUCGGAAAUGGUUGAAGUAAUUGAAUAGGAGGAUCACUAUGACUAUAGCCCUUGGUAGAGUUCCUAAAGAAGAAAAUGAUCUAUUUGAUACUAUGGAUGACUGGUUACGAAGGGACCGUUUCGUUUUUGUAGGAUGGUCUGGCCUAUUGCUCUUUCCUUGUGCUUAUUUCGCUUUAGGGGUUGGUUUACAGGGACAACUUUUGUAACUUCUUGGUAUACCCAUGGAUUGGCUAGUUCCUAUUUGGAAGGUUGUAAUUUCUUAACCGCAGCAGUUUCUACCCCUGCCAAUAGUUUAGCACACUCUUUGUUGCUACUAUGGGGGCCGGAAGCACAAGGAGAUUUUACUCGUUGGUGUCAAUUAGGCGGUUUAUGGACGUUUGUAGCUCUCCACGGGGCUUUUGCACUAAUAGGUUUCAUGUUACGCCAAUUUGAACUUGCUCGGUCUGUUCAAUUGCGGCCUUAUAAUGCAAUCUCAUUCUCUGGUCCAAUCGCGGUUUUUGUUUCUGUAUUCCUUAUUUAUCCACUGGGGCAAUCUGGUUGGUUCUUUGCGCCGAGUUUUGGCGUAGCAGCAAUAUUUCGAUUCAUCCUUUUCUUCCAAGGAUUUCAUAAUUGGACGUUGAACCCAUUUCAUAUGAUGGGAGUUGCCGGAGUAUUAGGCGCGGCUCUGCUAUGCGCUAUUCAUGGAGCGACCGUAGAAAACACUCUAUUUGAGGACGGUGAUGGUGCAAAUACCUUCCGCGCUUUUAACCCAACUCAAGCUGAAGAAACUUAUUCAAUGGUCACGGCUAACCGCUUUUGGUCCCAAAUCUUUGGUGUUGCUUUUUCCAAUAAACGUUGGUUACAUUUCUUUAUGCUAUUUGUACCCGUCACCGGUUUAUGGAUGAGUGCUAUUGGCGUAGUAGGCCUGGCUCUGAACUUACGUGCCUAUGACUUUGUUUCCCAGGAAAUCCGUGCAGCGGAAGAUCCUGAAUUUGAGACUUUCUACACCAAAAAUAUUCUUUUAAACGAGGGUAUUCGUGCGUGGAUGGCAGCUCAGGAUCAGCCUCAUGAAAAUCUUAUAUUCCCUGAGGAGGUUCUACCACGUGGAAACGCUCUUUAAUGGAACUUUCAUUUUAGCUGGUCGUGACCAAGAAACCACCGGCUUUGCUUGGUGGGCUGGGAAUGCCAGACUUAUCAAUUUGUCCGGUAAGCUACUUGGAGCUCACGUAGCUCAUGCC